CACGCCCCGUUUCCACGCUCCUCUUCUGCUCGCUCGUAUUGCGCGCACACGCAGCGCACGCAGCGCUUGCAUUGGUGCCUCAUCACCAGCGCCUGCUGCAGCGCUGGCCGAGGCGCCCGCCAUGCCGUCGCACGAUCUCGUCGAGGGCCGUCGGCUGCCUACUGCGCACGUCUGGCCACCACGACGUCCUGCGCCGCGCUUCGUCCGCGCCACGGCCCUCACGCGCGCCACGCCGCCGCCCGACGAGCAGGCGCAGCGUGAGGCAGCAGCAGCUGAAGCACAGCGCGUGGCGCAGCAGGCGCAGGACGAGGAACAUGCUUCCUUCUUCCCGCCUGCGCGCGACGAGGAUGCAGCAGCGCAUCCUGGCAUCGGCAGCAGCGCCAAUGACAGCUGCGCCGAGGUGGGCCAGGCUGCGCUCUCAGUGGCGCCGACGCUGCUCGAGGGACCGGAAUCGAGCAGCAGUGCCGGCGGCAGCAUGGCCGAGCUGUACGCCUCGCUGGCAUCCGUCCUCCCCUCUCCCGCCGUCGUCGUCUCCGCCAGAGCAGUCUCGCGUCCGGUGGUCCGUGCGGCGCCCGCGGCUCAGUCCAGCCGGCGAGCGCACGCCGCUCCAGACUGGUUCGGCGGCCGGCCAGGCAGAGGCUUUCUCGUCGCGCCGCCAGCGAGCACAUCAGCGGCUGCUGCAGGCACGAGUGCGGCGGCCAUACUGCCGCAGGUCGAGGCCAGUGACGCCUUCUGUCCGCUGUGUCAAAUCUCCGUGCCAGCCUUGCAGGCGCGCGACCACGCAACCUCCAUCGCGCACCAGCUACUGUUGCCUCUCUCCGCGCCUGCUCCACGCCAGCCGCGCGGCGUCAAGACAGGGCCCGCGCAAGAGCAACGCGAGCAGGACGAGCGGCUGCUGCUGGAUGCGCGCAACCGAGGCUACCGGGCACUGGCGCGCAUGGGCUGGCAGGAGGGCAUGGGCCUUGGAGAGGCGGAGGUGCGACGACUGAGAGAGAUGGAGGAAUCGCGGCGGCUGAGGGAGAUGGAGGAGACACAGAAGGAGGAAGAGCGGCAGCGGGCGAAGCGGAUGCGGCAAGAAGUACGAAUAGGGCAGACGCAGGAACGCGAAGGCAGCAGGGCCAAGCCGAUCGAGCUCGGCUCGGAGGAUGAGAUGGAGCAAGAGGCGGAGUCAUUUAGCUCGCUCAAACGCAGCCAUAGCGCCUCUCCGCCUCCUCCUGCUACGCCAGCAGCCGAUCAGCCACGAGCGCGCAUCAUUCCGCUCCAGCCCACCGCCCGCCCGGACCGACGCGGCAUCGGCACUUCGCUGCCCUCUGCGUCUGCAUCUGCUAGCAGCAGCAGCAGCUCGCGCAGACGCCUCACGCUCAACGCCACGGCCGCACGCCAUGCCGAACUGGUGCGCACAGGACGCAGGACAGAGAGCAAGAGUGUCAAGCGUGAGCGGCUCGAGCGCGAGCGUGAACGCGCGAGAGCGACGCGCGCCAUGCUGGACUUCUAGACCUCCCACUGCCUCCAUGUAUCAUUGGCUCUUCCUCAAGAGAUACCCCACAUUCAUUGCUCGCCCUCAGCGAUCCACAGAUCGUCGCCUGCGUGCUGCUCGAGAUACUCUGCGAUGUUGUCGGGGACGAGUUUGCGGAGCUCCUCCCCGCGCGUCUCAUCUGCCUUGCCCUUGAGCAGAUCGCGCACCGCCGUGCUGCUGAUGCCCUGCGCCUCCUUGACAUCCACGACGCUCACGUCGCCGCUCUCCACACGCGGCGCAAUGAGCGGCCGCCGCAGCAUUUGCUCCUCCUCGUCGCGAUCGGCCUGCGAGUCGCUCUGCGGCCGGCGCGCACAGAUGAACGUUGUGCGCUCCUCGUCGAAGAAGCCGCGCGCCACGCGCUGCAACUCCGCCUCGCCGCCGUAGUAUUUCGGCUCGAAGAAGCGCACGAGCGUGUCGGUGCCUACGAGCCAGUGCAGACGAGC